GCGCCUGCCAGCGGCCGGGAGGCAGCGCCGCCGCUCCCGCUCCGCUCCUGCUGCCGCUCCGCAACUUUCGGGCAAACACUGCCCCCAUCGUCCUCGUCCCCCGCCGGCGGCUGGGCACAGAGGAAAACGUUAGUGCACAAUGCUGAAAUUGGUGAUCUGGUCGCUGAGGCAGUGUAAGGACAAAGUGAACAGCUGCACCUUCACCAAAGCAACCACCUGCGUUCCUCUUCUCCUCUGGAAUGGACAAUGGGAUGGUCUCUGACUUUAUCAUGAUCAAAAACUUCUUCCUCUUCUGCGUUUCCAUGAGUUUAGCCAGCCACUUCGGCUUUUCGCAAACGCCAACACCAUCAGUGAAAGAGGAGGCCAAUGAUAACAUCACUAUAUUCACCAGGAUCUUGGACGGUCUGCUGGACGGCUACGACAACAGACUGCGCCCAGGACUGGGAGAGAGAAUAACUCAGGUGAAAACAGACAUCUAUGUUACCAGUUUUGGUCCUGUGUCAGACACAGAAAUGGAAUACACCAUUGAUGUUUUUUUCCGACAAAGCUGGAAGGAUGAAAGGCUGCGAUUCAAAGGACCUAUGCAACGCCUCCCUCUUAACAACUUGCUUGCCAGCAAGAUCUGGACCCCAGACACUUUUUUCCACAAUGGCAAGAAGUCUAUCGCUCACAACAUGACAACCCCAAACAAACUUCUGCGCCUGGAGGAUGAUGGCACUCUGCUGUAUACCAUGAGAUUGACCAUCUCUGCUGAAUGUCCCAUGCAGCUUGAAGAUUUCCCCAUGGAUGCACAUGCUUGCCCAUUAAAAUUUGGAAGCUAUGCUUACCCCAAUUCUGAAGUGAUCUAUGUGUGGACUAACAGCACCACAACGUCUGUGGUGGUGGCCGAAGAUGGCUCACGACUUAACCAGUACCACCUGAUGGGACAAACCGUGGGCACGGAAAACAUCAGUACCAGUACAGGUGAAUAUACUAUCAUGACAGCCCAUUUUCAUCUGAAAAGAAAAAUUGGUUAUUUUGUCAUCCAGACGUACCUUCCUUGCAUAAUGACUGUGAUCUUAUCGCAAGUGUCAUUUUGGCUAAACAGAGAAUCUGUCCCUGCUAGAACUGUCUUUGGAGUAACAACAGUCCUCACCAUGACCACCUUAAGUAUCAGUGCCCGUAACUCUUUGCCAAAAGUGGCCUACGCUACUGCAAUGGACUGGUUUAUAGCUGUUUGCUAUGCCUUCGUAUUUUCGGCAUUGAUUGAAUUUGCAACAGUCAACUAUUUCACCAAGAGGAGUUGGGCAUGGGAUGGCAAAAAAGCCCAGGAAGCUGCAAAAAUCAAGAAAAAGGAGCGCAACUUGCUGGGAAAUAAACCAACUAAUACCUACACCACUGGGAAGAUGACUCCUGCACCAAACAUGCCAAAGGACUCAGCCCCAGCUGUCAUCUCAAACACUACAUCUGCUCCAGUGAAGCCUCCAGAAGAAAAGCCUGCUGAAAGCAAAAAGACUUACAACAGCAUCAGUAAGAUUGACAAAAUGUCCCGGAUAAUUUUUCCAGUGCUGUUUGGAACUUUUAACUUAGUUUACUGGGCCACAUAUUUGAAUAGGGAGCCUGUUAUUAAAGGUGCCAAUUCUCCAAAAUAAACUGAAGUACUCUGGAGCCACAUGUGAGCCAUACUUACAAAGCAGAUGCUACCAAGGAAAAUUUGAGAUCCAGAUGACUUUCUACGUUUGGGCAAUAUUCUUCAGGAAGUUUUUUGCAUGUUUAAUAAUAUGUACAAAUAAUAUUGCCUUCAUUGUUUCUACAUGUAACCUCAGAUGUUUUGGAGAUGAUUAUAUUACUUACAGCAACGGAUCUUUAUAAAAG